AUGGACCAAUAUUCAUCGUCUUUUGUCGAUACUUCUUUAGAUCUCACUAUUGGUGUUACUCGUAUGCGAGUUGAAGAAGAUUCAUCAACGACAAGUGCUUUGGUGGAUGAAUUAAACCGAGUGAGUGCUGAGAACAAGAAGCUCUCGGAGAUGCUAACUUUGAUGUGUGACAAUUACAACGUUUUGAGGAAGCAACUAAUGGAAUAUGUUAACAAGAGCAACGUAACCGAGAGAGACCAAACAAGUCCUCCCAAGAAACGCAAAUCUCCGGUGAGAGAUGACGCAUUUAGCUCGGCGGUUAUCGGAGGCGUGUCGGAGAGUAGCUCAACCGAUCAAGAUGAUCAGUAUCUGUGUAAGAAGCAAAGAGAAGAGACUGUUGUGAAAGAGAAAGUCUCAAGGGUUUAUUACAAGACCGAAGCUUCUGACACUACCCUUGUUGUGAAAGAUGGGUAUCAAUGGAGGAAAUAUGGACAAAAAGUGACUAGAGACAAUCCAUCUCCAAGAGCUUAUUUCAAAUGUGCUUGUGCUCCAAGCUGUUCUGUCAAAAAGAAGGUUCAAAGAAGUGUGGAGGAUCAGUCUGUGUUGGUAGCGACUUAUGAGGGUGAACAUAACCAUCCAAUGCCUUCGCAGAUCGAUUCAAAUGCGGGUUCAAACCGCUACAUAUCUGUUGGUGGUUCGGCUCCACCAGCUGCUGCAGCCAACAGAAGUAGUAAUAGCUUCGCUGAGCCUGUGACUACUGUAGAUCUUACCGAAUCCAAGAAAGCGAUGAGCCCAACAUCGAGAAUCGAUUUUCCAGAAGUUCAUAAACUUUUGGUUGAGCAAAUGGCUUCUUCCUUGACUAAAGAUCCUAAAUUUACAGCAGCUUUAGCUGCAGCUGUUACAGGAAAAUUGUAUCAACAGAACCAAACCGAGAAAUAG